GCCUGCGGAGAGCGAAACCGUGGCUGGGGAGGACGGCGCUGGGCGCUACGCGGUGGUGACGCCGCAGAUCCAGAGGUUGGGCUCCUUCCGGAGGGCGUCCCGCAUGUACAAGCAGCACUGGUCCAAGCAGCACGUCGUGCGGGUGCGGGAGAUGCCCGACGCCUGGACGGCCGAGCAGGGCUACACCCGGCACCCUGCCGAACGCGGGCGGCAGCGGGCGAGCCAGAGGGGAGCCGACAUCGGCCGGUACCUGGGCCAGCGCUCAGCGAGCGCCUGGAGGGACAGGCACCCCUGGGCGGACGGGUACCUGGGCAGCAAGCAGCCCUGGCGAAGCAAGAUGCAGUCGCUGUGCAGCCUGCCCAUCGUGCGCUACCAGGAGCCGCAAGAGGAGGACGGGCUGGAGGACAUGACCCAGUUGGAGGACCUGCAGGAAGCUGCGGUGCUGAGCAACAUCCGCACACGCUUCGAGCGCCAGCUCAUCUAUACCUACAUCGGCAGCAUCCUGGUGUCAGUGAAUCCCUACCGCCUGUACAACAUCUACGGGAUGGAGCAGGUGCUGCAAUACGAAGGCAGGGCACUGGGCGAGAACCCGCCGCACCUCUUUGCAAUUGCAAAUGUCGCCUACUCCAAAAUGAUGGAUGCCAAACACAACCAGUGUAUUGUCAUCAGUGGGGAGAGCGGCUCAGGGAAGACGGAGGCCACCAAGCUGAUCCUGCGCUACCUGGCAGCCGUCAGCCAGAAGCGCAGCACUGCACAGCAGGUAGGGAUCCUGGAAGCAACCCCCUUGCUGGAAUCCUUCGGCAAUGCCAAAACUGUGAGAAACGACAAUUCCAGCAGGUUUGGGAAAUUUGUGGAAAUCUUUCUGGAGGAUGGUCUGAUUUGCGGUGCCAUCACCUCACAGUAUCUGCUGGAGAAGUCCCGUGUGGUCUUCCAGGCCAAAAGCGAGCGCAAUUAUCACAUCUUCUAUGAGAUGCUGGUGGGGCUGCCCGCCCAGCAGCGGCAGCGCUACUGCCUGCAGGGAGCUGAGACCUACUACUACCUGAACCAGGGUGGGAACUGUGAAAUCCCCGGCAAGGAUGAUGCAGAGGAUUUCCGCCGUCUGCUCAACACUAUGGAGGUGCUGGGCUUCAGUGUGGAUGAGCAGAACAGCAUCUUCCGCAUCCUCUCCUCUGUCCUCCACCUGGGAAAUGUCUACUUUGAGAAAUAUGAGACGGACUGCCAGGAGAUCGCAACGGUGGUGAGUGCCACAGAGAUCCGGACAGUGGCUGAGCUGCUGCAGAUCUCCCCCGAGGGCCUGCAGAAAGCCAUCACCUUCAAGGUGACGGAAACACUGCGGGAGAAGAUUUUCACCCCCUUGACUGUCGAAAGUGCUGUGGAUGCUAGAGAUGCCAUUGCCAAGACCCUCUAUGCCCUGCUCUUUGGCUGGCUCACCGACCGCAUCAACAAGCUGGUGUACCCACGGCAGGACGCCCUCUCCAUUGCCAUCCUGGACAUCUAUGGCUUUGAGGACCUCAACUUCAACAGCUUUGAGCAGCUGUGCAUCAACUAUGCCAAUGAGUACCUGCAGUUCUUCUUCAACAAGAUUAUCUUCCAAGAGGAGCAGGAGGAGUACCUGCGGGAGCAGAUUGAGUGGAAGGAAAUCCCCUUCAGUGACAACCAGCCCUGCAUCGACCUCAUCUCCCAGAAACCAUAUGGCAUCCUCCGCAUCCUGGAUGACCAGAGCUGCUUCCCCCAGGCCACGGAUCACACAUUCCUGCAGAAGUGUCACUACCACCAUGGGACCAACCCGUUGUACACCAAGCCGAAGAUGCCGCUGCCUGAGUUCACCAUCAAGCACUAUGCGGGAAAGGUGACCUACCAGGUUCACAAGUUUUUGGAUAAAAACUAUGACCAGGUCCGUCAGGACGUGCUGGACCUGUUCAUCAGCAGCAGGACCAAGGUGGUGGCCAACCUGUUCUUCGGCCAUGCCCAGGUGCUGGCCCGGCAGAGGAGCCUGGUCAGGAGGAGCAGCACCAGGACGCGGCGUUACAAGGCUCCCACUGUGGCUGCACGGUUCCAGCAGUCUCUUCUGGACUUGGUGGAGAAGAUGGAGAGGUGCAACCCCUUCUUUGUGCGCUGCCUCAAACCCAACAACAAGAAGGAGCCAGGGCUCUUUGAGGCUGAUGUGGUCAGCAGCCAGCUGCGCUACUCGGGCAUCUUGGAGACCAUCCGCAUCCGCAAGGAGGGCUUCCCCAUUCGCAUCCCUUUCCUCGUCUUCAUCGACAGGUACCGUUGCCUGGUUGACAUGUGGUCCAAUGUUGUGCCCAGUGGGGCCAACUGUGUGGAAAUGCUGAGGAACCUCUGCCCUGUCAACCCCAGCAUGUACUACGUCGGCGUCAGCAAGCUCUUCCUGAAGGAACAGCUGUACCAGGCACUGGAGAGCAAGCGAGCCCGUGCCCACCACCUGGCUGCACUCACACUGCAGCGCUACGCCCGCACCUUCUUCAUCAAGAAGCGCUUCCGCUCCCUGCGCCGAAAAAUUGUCCUGUUGCAGAGCCGGGCGCGUGGCUAUCUGGCCAGGCAGCGGUACCGCCGCAUGAGGCACACACUCAUCAAGUUCAGGUCGCUGGUACACAUCUAUGUGAACCGCCGGCGGUACCUCAAGAGGAAGGAGGAUGCACGCCGGCGGGCAGAGGAGGAGAAGGAGAGGAUGAAGCAGGAGCUGACAAGGAGGGAGGUGGUGGACGUGACACACCUGGAGAUCCCUGCUGAGCUGAUGGGGCUACUGGAGGCUGCGGCGGCUGCCCGUGAGGUGAACGCCGGCUGUGUGGUCCUGGUGCCACCACCAGCAUUGCAGCCUGACUCCCAGCUCACCCUGCCCCUUGACAUCAAUGAUUACUCCAUGGCCAAGUACGUGCGGGGCCACUUCCAGGAGCCGGCCUUUGGGAUGCUGACGGCCCCACUGGUGGCCCCGCUCACCCGGCUGGAUGAGGAGCUGUGCCAUGAAGCACUCAGCCUCUUCAAGUUGAUCCUGCGCUUCAUGGGUGACCCGGGGCUGGGUGGCAAGCAGGAGACUCUUUUUGGCAACUACAUCGUGCAGAAGGGGCUGUCGGCACCGGGGCUGCGGGAUGAGCUGCUGGCACAAACAGCCAACCAGGUCUGGCGCAACACCAACGUCAACAAUGAGGAGCGGGGCUGGCUGCUGCUGGCUGCCUGCCUCAGUGCCUUCCCCCCAUCCACUGCCUUCGACAAGUACUUGCUGAAGUUUGUCUCCGACUACGCCUUUGCUGGCUACAAACCGGUGUGCCAGCGCAAGCUGAUGCACGCCAUGGCACGGUCCCAGCUGGGUGCCCGUGCUUACCCACCCUCACUGCUGGAGUGGACAGCGAACCGGCAGCAAGCCAGCAUGGCACUGCAGCUCUUCUGCUUCAAUGGCGACCAAUUCUCCUGCCCCGUGCACUCCUGGAGCACUGGUGAGGACCUGGCAGGAGAUGUUCUGAAGCACAGCAGGGGGCUGGUGGAGGGCUGGCGCGGGUGGUCCGUGGCCAUGAAGGUGGGCACCCAGUGGGCUGAGCUAGCUGGCCAUGAUUACGUCCUGGACCUCAUCUCUGACUUGGAGCUGCUGCAGGGUUUCCCCAAGCAGAAGUCCUGCUUCCUCAUUGCCUGGGACGGGGCGGAGAGCUGGGACCAUGCCAGCCGGGUGGUGCAUCCCAUGAAUUUGGAUGAAGUGCCGCCUCCUCCGGCUGUCAGAGCACCCACACUGCCGUCGCUGGUGGAGGCAGAGGGGUAUCCACCACAUGACACCGACUCUGGGGAGCACAGAACCCAGAAGGGUUUGGAUCGGUACCUGGACAGCCUCUUUGACCCGGUGCUCUCCUAUGGCAACGGGGAGCUGGAGAAGCCUGCUGCCAUCGUGCAGAGGAUGAAGGGAGGCGGCGGCGUGGGAGGGGUGGACAGCAGCAGUGGUGCCAAGCAGCAGCAACCCGCCAUGCCCACUGACACGCAGCAGCCAAGAGGUGUGGAGCCAGCCUCACCCCCACAGAACCACACAGACCCCAGCCCACCAGGGGCCCCGGGCAGAGCAGCAGAGGGGGCACCCACACGGGCCCCCCAGCCCCGGCCCUACUCACAGAAAGCAGCACCCACAGGCUGGCAAUGGAAUGGUGAGCCGGUGCAGCAUUCCCGGCUGAACUCGGAGCACAUCCCACGGCCCACACACAACAUCCGUAACAUCAUCCGGCAGUGCCAGCCCACUUCACGUGGCCCCCAGCCCCACAGCAAGCUCUUUGGGAAGAAGCUGGAUCCCCACGAGGAAGCCUUGCAGAUCCUGAAGGAGCAGCUUUCAGCAGGCCGAGUGCCUGCGGCUGUGGGGAUCACGGAGGCUGUGGCUGCAGUGAAACCGGUCCCCAGUGGCAGGUACCAGCUGAGAGCAUCAAUGAGGCGACUGGGAGCCUCCCGGCCUCCAGUCUUCGUGUCAAGGGAGCUCCCAUCUGAGGCACAGCAGGUGCAGACUCAGCUUCACCGCAGCUGCAGCGAGGACUUCUACACCUACUGCAAUGUGCCCUGGAAAAUAUACAUCCGCAAGGAGGUUUUCUACCCCAAGGACAGCUUCAACAACCCGCUGCUGCUGGACCUCAUCUUCCGGCAGAUCUUCACCGACACACUCUCUGACACCUGCAUCCGCAUCAGCCCCGAGGAGCGGCUCCGCAUGAAAUCCCUCUUUGCUGAAAACAAACUGGACUCCUUCAGCCCCGUGGCCACUGAGAGUGUCAAGAAGGAGAUUGUGACAGCCGCCCGGGACAGCUGUGAGGUUUAUUUCUCACGCCUCUUCCCUGCCACGGGCAGCGUGGGGACGGGCGUGCAAAUCUUGGCUGUGUCCCACGCUGGCAUCAAACUGCUGAGGUUGGUGAAGGGCACCAACAUGCCUGGGGAGCAGCUGCGUGUGCUGCGGGUGUACAGCUAUGCAGACGUGCUCUUCGUGGCCACCCCAUCCAGGAACAUGUUGGAGUUCAACCUGAGCAGCGAGAAGUUCAUCCUCUUCUCCCCAAAAGCUCCUCAGGUGAAGGCCAUGGUGGACCACUUCAUCACGGAGCUCAGGAAGGACUCCCAGUAUGUGGUGGCCGUGAGGAACUACAGCCCUGAGGAUGGGGCUCAACUCAGCUUCCACAAAGGAGACAUCAUUCACCUGCAGCCACUGGAGCACCCCAAGAGAGAUCACUACUACGGCUGCGUGGUUCGCAAGAAGGUGAUGUACCUGGAGGAGCUGAAGACUGGCACGCAGGAUUUUGGGUGGAAGUUCGGGGCCAUCCACGGCAGGUCAGGGCUCUUCCCAGCUGAGUUCGUCCAGCCCGUUGCAGCCCCUGACUUCGUCCACUUGCCAGUGGGGAGGAAGGAAGAGCCUGGAGACAAGCAGGGCAGGGUGGCAGCCUCAGGGGCCGUGGCUAUGGCUGUGGCUUCCACUGCUGUGGCCCAAGAACUGGAUCGCAAAACUGAGGGGUCUCCCACCAGCACUGCCUUCCCAGAGGGUCCAGAGAGUGACAGCAGCGAGCAGCUUGGGGAUGGCACGGAGACCUGCCCCAUGCUGGCCUUUGCCAGGCAGUAUUUCCGUGCAGCGCAGCGUGGGACCACGGAGUCCUGUGGGAGCAAGGGCAAGAUGGAUGGGCCCAGAGGGAUGGAGAUGCUGAAGUUCACCAAGAUUCCCAUCCAGGAGUCACUCAUUGAGUUCACAGAUAACAGUGUCAACAAACUGGCGACUGAGGCUUUCCAAGCUGUGAUGAAGUUCAUGGGUGACCACCCUCUGCGAGGGCAAACAGAGCUGGACAUCGUCUGCACCAUCCUCAAGCUAUGCUCCGAGCAUGAGGUGCUACGGGAUGAGGUGUACUGUCAGAUCGUUAAUCAGGUCACUGACAACACCAGCUCCAAGCCGGACAGCUGCCAGAAGGGCUGGAGGCUGCUCUACAUCCUCACCGCCUAUUACAAGUGCUCCGAGGUGCUCAGGCCCUUCCUCCUGGCCUUCCUUCGGAAUGCCAGCAUGCACCCGGAGCUGCCUUUCCAGGGCAUCUCCAAGGCCUGUGAGCAAAACCUGCGGAAAACCCUGCAGUUUGGUGGCCGCAGCCUCUUCCCCAGCAACAUGGAGCUCAAAGCCAUGGUGGCUGGGCGCAGCGCCAAGCGCCAGCUCUUCCUCCUGCCUGGCGGCAUCGAGAGGCACCUCAAGAUCAAGACGUGCUCAGUGGCUCUGGAUGUGAUAGAGGAGCUGUGCUGCGAAAUGGGGCUGCAGCGCCGAGAGGCUUUGGAUGAAUAUAUCCUCUUCGUGGUCACCAACAGAGGGCAGAGCGUGCGGCCUCUGACACGUCAGGAGUACAUCUUGGAUGUGGCCACCGAGACCGAGCGCCUGGACGCUGGCUACACUUUCUGGUGCCGCCGGGUGGUCUGGGGACAGCCCCUCAAGUUUGAUAACGAGCUCUACGUCACAGUGCACUACAACCAGGUCCUCCCUGACUACCUCAAAGGGCUGUUCACCGUCCUGCCGCCCACCAGGCCAGGAGAGCAGCACUUCCAGCAAGUGGCCAAGCUGGCUGCUCUCCAGCACCGAGCCAAGGAUGGCCACCACCUCCCCACCAUGAGGGAGGUACAGGACUACAUCCCCCCACAGCUCUUCCGCCUGCUGUCGGCCCCAUCCUGGCUGCACACAGUGACCCAGCACAUGCAGCAAGCACAGGCACUCAGUGCCCACCAGGCCCGGGCGCAGUUCCUGGGGCUGCUGAGUGCCUGCCCCAUGUUCGGCUCAUCCUUCUUCUACAUCCAGAGCUGCAGCAACCACGCCAUUGUCUCACCCUGCAUCCUGGCCGUCAACCAGAACGGCCUCAACUUUCUCAGCAAGGAGACCCACGUAGGUGUGGGCUGGGGGGCCGAGCGAUGGGGAAACCCCACAGUCCCUGCCGCAGGCUGGCACAGGGCCGUGAGAGCCAUGAGGAGAGGUGGGGGCCGAUAUCUCCCUCCCAGCACAGUGGGGACCCUUAAAGAGCACAGAGCAGGGUCAGGAAGGCCUUCCCUACACGCUUUGCUGGGGAUGUGCUGAGGCGCGCACCUUUUGG